CAUCUAAUUUGUGCCUUAUUAGUGAGAAUACUCUUUGCAAUGGCUUGAAACAACAACUCAGCAGUAGACUGUGUGAUUGCAAUUUGUUUAAUAUCUUCCUGUAGAAGAAUGAGCUAGCUGGAUUUCUCUGUAUAGGUUUGUAUCUUUCUUUUUGUCUACACUAAUAGUUAAUCAAAAUGUUAUCCAACUCUUCGACUAUAACAGCUUCUGUCUGUUUUGAGUUGCUUCAUACCAAAAAACAUGGAGUCAAUCACUUCUCCCCGGUGGCGUUAUCUACUGAUAUUGCUGUUGUUAAUUGGGACUUGCAGAUUUUCAGAUUGCUAUGACCCUUUGGAUCCAAAUGGGAAUAUUACCGUUACUUUUGACAUCCUCAAGUAUGCUCCUGAUGGCUAUGUGGCAAGAGUAACAAUUCAAAAUUACUAUCAGUAUCGCCAUAUAGAGAAACCAGGUUGGAAACUUGGUUGGGCGUGGACCCGAAAUGAGGUCAUUUGGUCAAUGUCUGGUGCUUUUGCCAUCCAACAAGGAAAUUGUUCAUCCUUCAAAGACCAAGUACCACAUUCUUGUAAGAAAGAUCCUGUAAUAGCUGAUCUGAUGCCAGACGCAUUGCCACAAAACAGAUCAAACAGUUGCUGCCACGGUGGGAUCCUUGCUGCCUAUGCUGCCCAUCCUUCCCUGUCCAACACAUCCUUUGAGGUUACAGUUGGAAAUUUGGAACAGAACACUCCCGGGUACAAGCCUCUAAAUCUUUCUCUAAUGGCCCCAGGACCCGGUUAUACUUGUGACCAGCUGAUGGACACGAUUCCUACAGUUUCUUCAGUUAUCGGGGGAAGAAGAGAAGAGCAAGUUUUAAGGACGUGGAAAUCGACAUGCACAUAUUCAAGUUAUUUGGCUAACAAAACGCCAGUUUGCUGUGUUUCACUCUCAUCAUUUUACAAUCCUAAAGUCACAUCGUGUCCUUCCUGCAGCUGUGGAUGUAACGUUUCUGAUCGGCUCCCAAAAUCAUGUAUUAGAGAUGGUUCAAUUCCGUCAGAUUUUCCAGAUGUUGAUAUAGUUCGAUGCACUGACCAUAUGUGUCCACUUCGAAUUCACUGGCAUAUUAAGAACAAUUACAUGGAUCAUUGGAGAGUAAAACUGACAGUCUCGAAUUACAACUACAGGAAAAAUUACUCAGAUUGGAACAUUUUGGUUCAACAUCCUGGCUUCGGACGGCCCGCCUCUGUAUAUAGCUUCGACAGCACAAUGCUUCCGGUUAUUGGUGUCCCAGAAGAAGUUGCCCUUUUCUGGGGGAAGCCCUUCUACAACACUGAAAUUUUGCAAGCUGAUAAAGAUCAAUUGGGUUCUGUGACUUCAGAAAUACUUUUGCGAAAAGAUUCAGAAUCAUUUACACUGAACAGUGGAUGGGCUUUUCCAAGAACGAUAUAUUUCAAUGGUGAAAUUUGCCAAAUGCCACUACCAGACACCUUCCCCAUGCUACCAAAUGACAGCCAUGCUUUACAUAGCCAAUUUCUUCUUCAUCUAAUUGCAGUCUAUUUGACAUACAGGACAUUUGUUGGAUUUUGAUGCUUUUUUGGUCAUCCAUCUAAUUGCGGUCAGUUUCUAAUUUCAGAAAUAAUAUAAUUUUUUUGAAACUAGUGAUUGCUUGAACAGAAUCAUGUGUAAAUGUAUAUAUGCAAUCCUUUAAUUUCUAUUUGUAGAAGAUAUGAAGAAUAUUUCUUGAGAGAAGUCGAGUUUUUAUGUUCAAAUUUUUGAAGCUCCAAUGUGGAGCCUAUGAAUCAGCCCUGCACUUAAAGGACCUAUUCAAAAAUUUACUCUUGGUUUUCCAUUUUCAGUU